UUGGAUGAAAAGACAACAGAGAUGUUGGAGUGGGUCAUUAUUGCAGCUCUCGCCUGUGUAUCGAGCCUUUUUCUCAUUGACAUUUUGAAUACGAAGAAAACUGAAAUUAACGGAGCUCAUGCUGUGGUUACUGGUGGGUCAAGUGGAAUUGGAAAGGCUUUAGCGAUAAAACUGGCCAAAUGUGGAGCCAACGUGACAAUUAUCGCUCGAAAUAUGAGUAGACUAGAGGAAACAUUAAAAGAAGUGAAGAAACAUCUAGCUCCAGAGAGGAAGGUCUUAGCUUUGUCUGUAGAUCUUACUACUAAUGCAGAAGAUGUAGAGAAUACUUUAGAUCAGGCAUCUGAAGCCUUAGGCCCAAUAGACAUUCUUAUCAACUGCGCUGGCUUUGCAGUCUGUGGCUUGUUUGAAGAAACUUCAAUUGAGGAUUUUAAGGCAAUGAUAAACACUAACUAUUUGGCUAGUGUGUUCACAAGUCAUGCUGUCAUAAAAAGGAUGAAGCAGCGGAGAAAAGGUCACCUUGUGUUUGUAUCGUCAAUAGGAGGGCAGUUUGGUAUAUUUGGAUUUACAGCUUAUUCACCUUCAAAGUUUGCAGUUAGGGGUUUUGCAGAAACAUUGUUCAUGGAGGUGAAGCCUUAUGAUAUUGCUGUCUCUGUGGCUUUUCCACCAGACACAGACACACCAGGAUUUGAAAAUGAGAAUAAAAACAAGCCUGAAGAAACCCAUCUAAUAAGUAGCUCAGGAGGUCUUUUUACUCCAGAACAAGUUGCAAGUAACAUAGUUGUAGGGAUCAAGGACAGACGAUUCAUGAUAUCAUGUGGCUUUGAUGGAUACGUAGUGAGCACGUUGACAGCAGGUUUGGCUCCGAUCUCAUCGUUAAUGGAGCUACUAACACAAGUUAUUCUGAUGGGACCACUCAGAUUUGUGCUGGCAUUCUAUCUGUAUUAUUAUGAUCGUAUUGUGUUUAAAGGGAUGCAAAAGAGAGAACAAAGCAAAAAGACAGAGUAGAGGCGAGACCUUACCCUGUCACUGGUCAAAGUAAAUGCAUAUUUGAAAUACCGGCCGAUAGCAGCAUACCAGCUCAAGUGAGUGGAGGCGUUUUCCAGGCUGAAGACGCCAUGGAACGAGAACUAAUAAUUUUUUUCGAAAGUCAAAAUAUUUUCAAGACUGAAAUCGUUAUAAUUGAUCGCCAAUUUUAUUUAAAAGUUUCGAUUCGCACCAAUAAAGGUACAGGAAUUUUAAUUGCUUCCUCGGGGCUUUGUUUCUACUGUGUAUGACACAUCCAAAGUUUCUUGUACUUUGUAAGUUUAAGCGAUGAACACGUUGAUAUUCGAACUUAGACCAUUUAUUUAUGGUAGACUCUCAUUGCGUCGUAAAAGGUUAAGCCAGAGGUUCUCUCUGUUGAGUACGAUAACGUAGUACUAUCUAUGUGCACUGUUUUUUAUUAUACAUGCAUCGGCCAAUGUAGUUACAUAUUUUGUAUACUUAUAUGUAUUCAUUCAUUUCCUUAUGGUUUAUUCUUGAACUGUCUAAUUUAUUUGUAUAUAUAUUUGAUUAUUUAUUUAUUAACGUAUUACAGGAAGAUAUGUUUUUUUUUCUUUUUCUCCUUUUGGCAACACAAUAAGCGAACAUAGCAAGCAGACACAUUACACCAACGACAAACAAAAGCCUUUCCACUUCAGCACACUGCAUGUAGAGCAAUCCUAGUCUCCAGCAAUUAUGUCUGAGAAUGAUAUUCUUAGAUGCUGCAUACUCGAGCUGAGUCAGACAAAAUGAGCUGCUCAUUUUAUCUGAAUUGCGUCGUUUUUCCCGCACGGCCGAGUUUAUCUUCAUAUUUUCAGCUCCUGGAUCUUCAAGGAUGUAGAUCGUGGUGCUAAUAAGCAUAAUUUUAGCAUAUAAAUGCUUUUUAUUUCAUAGCUUCGCAAUGGGAAAGGAAGCCAACCUAGAUUUUUAGGGAAAAGGUGGUAAGGGAGUAAGAAUGUAAGUCGUUGGGUAGGGUCAUAAAACAUUACAAUGAUGCGAAAUCGCACGGUAAUCGUGGAUAAACAUACUAGUAAUGACAAUAAAUUUGACUUCUUCCCUAAGGGUUAAAAUUUUUCAUAUUCUGCGGUGUCGUCUGCUAGACGUGACCCUCAACCUGAAUUCCAGAAAUACGUUGAUUCUUCCCUCCGUCAUUGCAUUUUUAACUGUUAUCUACAGGUAUGUUAAAUGCUUUAGCGCAGAUAAAGAAAAGACAAUUAAUUGCGGAGGAGGAUGUGGGUCAUGCUUGGAGUAAUAGACCUUCUUGUAUUGGUUAUGCUAUAACUUAACGUUAAAUACUUGUUUUGCAGUUGGACGUUUAAUAAUAUCGAUGAUAGAUAGCAGGUAAUUUAGUGUUGACAACUGGGUUAAAAACGUAAAUUAGCCACCGUAAAGGGUAAAAAAGCUGACGUUUCGAGCGUUAGCCCU